AUGACAUUCUUAGCUCCGGCUGCUGGGCAUCCCGACAUGAAGUUGAGGCAGCAAUCAUGGGAAACAACGAACUGGAUGAAAGGGCAGGGCAUGAGCGCCGAAGACCUCAAAUGGCUCAACGCUUUCGUGGCGAUUGAUCUCUACGACUCGCCGAACGAAACUGGUUCUGCUUCCUUGCUAUCGACUGAAGAGUUUACUGAUUCAGACGAGGACAAGUUUGGAUUCACCUCCAGGCUUUAUUCCCCUCCGAGCUCUGGAGGCCCUCAGCUCGACACGCUAGAAAACCCCAAAGAUUGGAACGUGGUGGGAGAAGAUAAGGCGGCAGUUACAGCGGAGAAUGUUGCCCUCGGCCACAUGAAAUGCAGCUCGCAUGUGGAGAAUUCGAUAUUCGAGGGCGGUUAUCCUGUCGACAAAUCGUGGCACCCGGAACUCCCAAUAACCGAUCUUAGGUGGACCAAUAUCACGUACUACCCUGACAUCACGGCGCUAGAUCCCCAGCCACCGAAGCAGCCACCACCGCAGCCCAGGCAGCCUCAACAACCACCGCCGGGGCAGGCUGGGCAGCCGCCGCAAUGGCAGGCUCAGCAGCUACCACUAAGGCAGCGACGACCACUGCAGUCCGGGCAGCAGCUGCGAAGACCAAUGUUGCAGGCCCCGUAG